AUGCGCAUUAAGUGGUAGCUGCGAGGUGGGAAAAUUCAUUCUAUCGUCGUGUGUCUGCUAACCUGUAACAUAAACAUGAUUUAAAGAAACAUUUUGUAAGUUUACGACGUAAAAUACUGGACACACAUACUUUCUAGUUAUUCACUUAUCGCCCUUACCUCUUUGUGCAGCAUGAAGAUUGCAGUGGAAGGCUGCUGCCAUGGGGAGCUGGACAAGAUCUACGAGACAAUCGGCUAUCUGGAGAAGAAGGAAGGGGUGAAAGUGGACCUGCUGCUUUGCUGUGGAGACUUCCAAGCAGUGCGAAAUGAGGGAGACAUGAAGUGUAUGGCGGUACCAGCCAAGUACAGAACGAUGCAGACCUUUUACAAAUACUAUUCUGGAGAGAAGAAGGCUCCAGUACUGACCAUCUUCAUUGGAGGGAACCAUGAGGCUUCAAACCACCUGCAGGAGCUGCCUUAUGGAGGCUGGGUGGCACCCAACAUUUAUUAUCUGGGUUAUGCUGGUGUUAUUCGCUACAAAGGGAUUAGAAUUGGUGGUGUAUCUGGCAUCUUCAAAUCACGUGACUACAGAAGAGGUCAUCAUGAAUUCCCUCCAUACAAUCCUGACACACUUCGAAGUGUAUAUCACAUCCGAAAUAUUGAGGUAUUCAAGUUAAAACAGAUCCAGAUGCCCAUAGACAUUUUCAUGAGCCAUGACUGGCCUCGUGGAAUCUACCACUAUGGAAGCACAGGGGAAUUGUUGCGAAAAAAGAAGUUCCUGCGUCAGGAAGUGGAGUCCAACACUCUUGGAAGUCCUGCUGCUGAGGAGCUCCUAGCUCACCUCCAACCCAGCUACUGGUUCUCUGCACAUCUUCAUGUGAAAUUUGCUGCUGUUAUGCAGCAUCCGCCUAAAGGUAAUGCUGCCCCACGUGUAACCAAAUUCCUGUCCCUGGAUAAAUGUCUGCCCUAUAGGGAAUUCUUACAGAUUGUGGAUGUUCCAGAGAGACCGGGUUCAUCUGAGGGUCUUGAGUAUGAUCCAGAGUGGCUUGCUAUUCUGAAGGCCACCAAUAGUCUACAAAGGACCACCCCCCACCCCUGGAACCCACCAGAGAAUAAUGGCCUGCACGAACGGUGGGACUUUAGACCUUCAGAAGAAGCUAUGAUGCAGGUGGUGGAAGAUCUCAGCGGUGAGCUUGCCAUUCCAGACAACUUUAGCCGGACUGUGCCUCCGUAUGACCCCAACAACCCACAGCCCCAUGCCACCCCCAGCUGUAACACCAAUCCUCAGACGACCGAGCUCUGUGCCACGUUAGGUCUCACAGACAUCUACGCCCAGGUUGGGCAGGGAGGAGAUGGUUUGGGGAGAGUUCAGGGCAGUACUGGAGGGGAGGAGGAGGAGGAUGAAGACGAACAUAGUGUAGCAAGUGUGGACGAGCCAAGCGAGUACCCAACCGACACUUCGGGGCUGUCGAGUUCAUUAAAUCCUGAUGAGAUCACAAUAGAGGAUGAGUGGGAGGAAGAGGAGGGAAAGGAGGAGGAUGACAGGUCUAACUCAAAAGCGGCAGCAAAGGGAGAUGAGCUCUCUGAUGUACCUGUAGGUGAAAUCCACACCCCGAGCCGUAUGAUUCUGCCCGAGCCCAAAUCAGAUUUCUCCCCCACCCGUAUGUCCAACCUAAUGAACCUGCCACCUCCCGCCCACUCUACCCCCGCAGUAGCCCGCUCUCACUUUGGAGCAGAAGGGGAAGGACACUGUGAGGGCGAUGAUGAGGAUGCAACAGCUGUACGUAUCCUAAAACGUACCAGCGAUGAGACAAAGGCUGCUGGCAGUAGAGACACAACUCCCAGAAUCAAACGCAGGAACCAGGUCAUCUAUACAACAGUGGAGGGUGAGGAAUGUGAGGAUUAGAGGUCAGGGUCAGAUGGGGCAGAAGGUGAGGAGUCAUUCCAUACCAUUUGUCACAUAGUGUACAGGUAUUUUUUAGUUUAUUAUAUUUUAUUGAUUUGCAAAACUUGGUAUUAAUUUAUGUAUUUACUUUCUGCCGUUUUAUACAGCCACUGACAUGAGCUCCACAAAGCAGGAAGUACGGCUUUAUUAAAACGCGCUAAAAGCAAAAUGUACGCCACAAAAGAGCGUUAGUUUCUGGAUUCGAAUAUAGCCGUUCAAAAUGUUGUCUCUUUUGUUAAAAUGUUUUUUAUAAAUUUUAAUCAAACCCAGAAAAUUUUAGGAAAUGAGAAUUUUAUGUUUAUUUUAGAUUUGUGUUUUUGUACAUGUAAUUCAGACAAAGCAAUGAAGCUGGAAAAUUAAAAUAUACAAUGUACAGCCACUCGGCAAUCUCUCAAAAGGAGCUAAUAAAAUGCGGUUGUUAAUAUCUUGUUCAAGUGAAAGAAAAGCAAUCAGCAUUUUGCACUCAAAGCGCCAUUCACAGCUUUAUUGAACACUGCACAUACUCAAAGUGCUGAUGAAAAAAAUCACGUCUUGUUUUAAUUACCUUUUGUCAUCUUAAUUGCACAGGACACUGAACCUACUUGUUAUUACUGAACAAUAAAUAAGUUAAUGCUGUUCAAUGUACAUAAUGAGCUGAUGGGGGAAACAAAUGUCAGCUUUUAUUUGAAUACUGAUCGAAAAUGGCACUGUACUUUAAAUGCCGGUCUUAGUUUGAGACUCUUAAUAAGUUCAACGUAUUUUAUCAAAAUGCCUUAAUAUGCAUGGUUGUGAAUCUGAAAAUAAAGCAGAACAAAAGAC